AUGGCGGAGACCAGAUCUCAAACGAUGUUGAAGGAGACGGUAGCUCGUGAAGCCAGUGUGGUCGUGCGCGAAGCAGAAGAGGCGCUUGGUUCUCAGAUCUGUCAGAUGAUCGCUCGUACUGAUGCGUUGGAGAAAAAGAUCGUCGAACAGAACGAGAAGAUGGAUCAGAACAUUAAGGAGAUGUUUUCCGCGAUUCGUCUCCUAUCCAGCUCAAAGGAACCGGUUCAGGACAGUCUAAGGCAAGAUCCGAGUUCCAGUUCCAAGGCGCCGGUUCAGGUCAGCCUGGUGCGAGAUCUGAGUCCCCCGAGAGUUUCUGUGUCGAAGGAGUUGGGUCCAGAUGUUCGAGCUCAGGGUUGUAUUGGGCAAGCAACAUCACCGGAGGGAUAUGAUGGGAUUACCGGAAUCGGUAAUAUCGAUUUUCCUCGUUUUGAUGGCAGUGGAUCAAAACUUAAGGAACGGUUUGACGAUGUGUUGGAUGAUCCCAUUGAUGAACUCAAACGCUUGAAUGAAACGGAGGGUAUAGUGGAUUACCACCAAAAGUUCGAACUACUCCGUACUAGGGUCAACAUGUCGGAGGACUACUUGGUGAGUGCUUACCUUGCCGGGUUAAGGGUGGACACGCAGAUGCAUGUCAGGAUGUUUCAACCGCAAACUGUUCAUCAUUGUUUGAUGCUAGGUCGACUCUAUGAGAAGGCUCAUCCUCAGAGACCUUCUCAGCAGACUUGGUCUUCGGCUAAGGCAUCUGGUGGUUCUGUGGGUGGCAAAGGUAUUUUGGGAGUUAAGAAGGAGUAUCCGCAGGAGUCAAAGGUAGUUGAGAAGAGUGAUGGUCUGAACUCUAAGAAGUUUCUGUCGAAUGCUGAAAUGAGUGAAAGACGUGCCAAGGGUUUGUGCUACUUUUGUGACGAGAAGUAUACACCGGAUCACUAUCUCAAGCAUAAGAAGAAGCAGUUGUUCUUAAUCGAGGUGGAUGAUGGAGAAGAAGAGAGUGAGGACGAGGGGCAGAGUUCUGAUGAAGAUCAGGUUAAACCACGGGUGUCAGUGAGUGCUGUAUCUGGGGUUGAAGAAUAUGAUACUAUGCGAGUAAAGGGUACUUUCAGAAAGAAGAUCAUCUAUAUGUUGAUUGACUUGGGUUCUACACACAACUUCAUGGAUCCACGUUCUGCAGACAUGCUUGGUUGUGUGGUAGAUGCUUCUCGGCAAUCACGUGUCUCUGUGGCGGAUGGAAGGAAGCUUGCAGUGAGUGGAGUAGUUAACAAUUUUCAAUGGAAGCUCCAAAACACUACCUUCGCUGCUAACUUCAUGUUGAUUCCAUUGGGAGGUGUAGAUGUUGUCUUGGGAAUUCAAUGGCUUCAGACCUUGGGAGUCAUUUCAUGGGAGUUGAAGGAGUUGGAAAUGAGUAUCAAGUACGGGAAACAACAGGUGAUGUUACAUGGGAUCAAGCCGGGGUCAGUAAGGGCGAUGAAAGCUAGUAAGUUUAAGAAAAUCAAAGAACAAGAAGCUCAAAUUUCUAUGAUCUAUGCGAUAGAGGGUGGUAGUACUGAAGAGUUGAGGUUGAGUAAUGUGGAAGGCAGUAGUCAACUUGGUCCGAAAGAGAAAGGAGUUGAAGCGUUGUUGCAGGAAUUUGAAGGCGUCUUUAAGGAACCAACUGAGCUGCCUCCUUUUAGAGAGAAUCACAACCACAAGAUUCCUCUUAAGGACGGUGCCAACCCAGUCAAUUUAAGACCGUAUCGCUAUGCAGUGCAUCAGAAGAAAUGGGGACUUAAUGAGUUGACAAUUAAGGAUAGGUUCCCUAUUCCAUUAAUUGAGGAUCUUUUGGAUGAGUUAGGAGGGUCAAGUAUCUACUCAAAGAUCGACUUACGAGCAGGGUAUCAUCAAGUGAGGAUGGACCUUGAUGAUGUGCACAAAACAGCUUUCAAGACUCAUAGUGGACACUAUGAGUACUUGGUGAUGCCUUUCGGCUUAACCAAUGCACCGGCUACCUUCCAAAGUCUAAUGAAUACAGUGUUCCGAAAGUACUUGAGGAAGUUUGUACUGAUCUUUUUCGAUGAUAUCCUCAUCUACAGUGCCACUAAAGAGGAGCAUGCGGAGCAUCUACAAGCUUUCUUUCAGUUGAUGGAGGAGAACCAGUUAUUCGCUAAAAGGAGCAAGUGUAGCUUUGUUGCAGAUAAGGUGGAGUAUCUUGGACAUUACAUUGAAGGGCGUGGAGUGUCGACGGAUCCAAGCAAGAUUGCAGCAGUAGCGGACUGGCCUAUACCAGGGAGCCUUAAGCAGUUGCGGGGUUUCUUAGGGUUAGCUGGUUAUUACCGUCGCUUCAUACAAAAUUUUGGAACUAUCGCACGCCCAUUGACUGCUUUAACCAAAAAAGAUGCGUUUGUAUGGUCGGAUGAAGCACAACAGGCGUUUAAUGAGUUGAAGAAGGCCCUAUGUGAAGCUCCAGUUCUCGCUUUACCUCGAUUUGAUAAACCAUUUCUGGUGGAGACUGACGAAAGUUCACAAGGAAUUGGGGCAGUAUUGAUGCAGGAAGGACACCCUUUGGCUUAUAUAAGCCGCCACUUGAAGGGAAAGCAACUUUUGUUGUCUAUCUAUGAGAAGGAACUGAUGAUGCAGCCUAACCCUAUUCUCAAUAUGGCUGAUGUCGCUGAUGUUGGAGUCCCACGUACAAGGAUUAUUUGCUUAAAUCUAGCGAUUAUAGCUGAUGAUGAUGAUGAUCAUGUAGACGAUGAAGACGAAGACCUAAUGGAAGAUAUAUCUGUUUACAACCGUUCUUGA